GGGGAUCAAUGGUAAGGAGUAGGCAUGGGUAGGGAAAGUAGGAGGGUUUGAGUAGUGGCAUAGAUGGUAGUGGCAGUGGUAGCGGGUGGUGCGGUGGAUUACUGACGGCCUUUCCGGUAGGUGUCCCUGAAGGAAAUUCGGAGAGUCUGGGCGCUGCUUGAGUCAGAGCCGCUGCGGGUGGGCUGUUCCGGCUCGCUCUGCCACUGACCGAAACCCGCAUCGACUGUUUCGUGUGGAAGCUGCAGCUUCGUUACUUGGCGUCAGCCCAAUGAUGUCGGCAACAAAACCAAUGAAGGUGGACCGAUGUCCCACUGAGGAAAUUUCCCUCUCCAACUGUGCAGCUGUAAACCCAGUGGAUUUCUCGGAGGACAAAGUUCGGCAUGUUGAAGUAACAACAACAAACCACAAGUUUGUAUUCACUAUCAAGACAUCAGAUAAGGUCAGACCAGGCAGCAUGGGCUUCAGCUUGCCAAUGAGAAAAUGGGCAGAGCUUUCUGUCAGUCAGACGGUUGAUGUCCGGCCAUAUGUGUUUGAUCCAAACACUCAAUACAUUGCAAAGAUUACUCUUGAAACGGACUUCCUUGAAAAGAAAAACACCACAAAGGAUCCAUAUGACACUGAUAAGAUGUCCAUGGACUUUGUGCAGCAGUUUCCAAAACAAGCAUUCACAGUUGGUCAAACGCUGGCAUACCAGUUCUCAGACAAAAAACUGUUGAAACUUGUCGUGAAAGAAAUGGAAGUCGCAAGCUUGGAUUACCUGAAGGGUGAUAGUCCUAAGCCACCGUCAAAACCUAAGACUACCCUGAUUGGGCUGCUGUUACCAGACGCUGCUGUGGUUUUUGAAAAGGCUGAAGGCUCUACAGUGAACCUUACUGGACAUGCCAAAGGGAAAAUGGUUCGUCAGUCUAUCAUCAAUCCAGACUGGGAUUUUAAUAAGAUGGGCAUUGGAGGGCUGGACAACGAGUUCAGCGCUAUAUUCAGAAGGGCAUUUGCCUCAAGAGUUUUUCCACCUGAAGUUAUUGAACAGCUUGACCUGAAGCAUGUCCGCGGCAUCCUUCUCUAUGGGCCACCUGGUACUGGGAAGACUUUGAUGGCUCGUCAGAUUGGCAAAAUGCUGAAUGGACGAGAACCAAAGAUAGUUAAUGGACCUCAGAUAUUGAACAAGUAUGUUGGCGAGUCUGAAGCAAACAUUCGGCGCCUUUUUGAGGAUGCCGAAGAAGAAGAAAAAAAGUUGGGCGUCAACAGUGGCCUCCACAUCAUAAUUUUUGAUGAAAUUGAUGCAAUAUGCAAGCAGCGAGGCUCUGUGGCUGGAAACACAGGUGUCCAUGACACUGUGGUGAACCAGUUGCUGUCCAAGAUAGAUGGCGUGGAAUCAUUGAACAACAUUCUAGUGAUUGGUAUGACCAACCGUCGUGACAUGAUUGACGAGGCGCUGACCCGACCAGGUCGUCUUGAGGUGCAGAUGGAGAUUGGGCUCCCUGAUGAGCAUGGUCGCCUCCAAAUUCUGAACAUCCACACAGCGCAGAUGCGGACUCACCGCAAGAUGGCUCCUGAUGUGGACUUGGCUGAGCUGGCUGUCCUUACUAAAAACUUUUCAGGUGCCGAGCUAGAAGGCUUAGUACGUGCAUCGCAGUCAACUGCCAUGAACCGCCUCAUCAAGGCUGGAAGUAAAGUGGAACUUGACCCGGAAGCUGCUGAGAAGCUUCUUGUUACCCGAGCUGACUUCAUGAAUGCACUGGAGAAUGAUGUGAAGCCGGCGUUCGGAACUAGUUCAGAAGAAAUCGAACAACUGGUGUCUAAAGGCGUUACCACAUGGGGACCGCAGAUAAGUGCCAUACUGGAAGAUGGUGAUUUAUUCAUCCAGCAGGCACGGUCUCCAGAGUCGAGAGGUCUGGUCACAAUCCUUCUUGAAGGUGCGCCGAACUCGGGCAAAACUGCACUGGCAGCCAAAAUUGCACUGCGUUCGGAGUUUCCAUUUGUAAAGCUCUGUGGUCCUGAUGGAAUGGUGGGUUACACAGAAACUGCUAAAUGUCAGCUUAUCAAGAAGGUGUUCGAUGAUGCCUACAAGUCUCAGCAAAGCUGCAUAUUGGUAGACAACAUUGAACGCUUAUUGGACUAUGGUCCCAUUGGACCGAGGUAUUCAAACCUGGUGCUGCAAGCUCUUCUGGUGCUUCUACAGAAGGAUCCUCCAAAGGGCCGCAAGCUGCUCGUGCUAUGCACGAGCAGCCUGAAGGGAGUGCUGGAUGAGAUGGGUCUGAGCCCUGCCUUCACAGCUGUUCUGCGGGUGCCAAAUCUGUCCUUGCCCCAGCAUGUCCUGGCUGUACUUGAGGAUGUUGACUGCUUCACCAAGGCUGAGAUGGAUCAGAUUGCCAAGCAUUUGGAAGGCCGCAGGAUCUGGAUAGGAGUGAAAAAGCUCUUGGCAUAUGUAGACAUGGCCCGUCAGACCACUUCCCAAUACAGAGUUACCAAGUUUAUCUGCAAGCUUGAAGAAGAAGGAGCACUUGAGCUGAAAUAAAAGAUCGUCUGUCCCAAAUGGUAGAUGGACACCAAGGCGCUGUCGCCUUCAUGUGGCUCUCGUCUCUCCAGCUUGCCCAGCUAUGUGACUUCAUCCUAUGGUGGCCAGUUAUUUUUGUUCUUUUCAGUGUUCACACCUCAUAGCUCCUGAGAUGGGCAUAAUUUUCAGCAUUGCUUUGAUACUUACCAACCCUGGUGUCUUUGUCGACGUGCAUAUAUAAAUAUAAUUUGAAUAAAAUGAAUAUAUAUAUAUAUAUAUACAUAUAAAUUCAUUAUGCAAAACAUGAUUCUGCUACAUAUAUUGUGAAUCUGUCAUGUUUGAUUCCCUACCACUUUCCUAUUGGGUCUUCAACAUUUGUUAACUUGUGAUAUUGUUUUUGAAUGAAAAAAUGUCAUUACUUUGUUAUUUAUGGUAUGUAUUUGAAGCAGUGAAUGUUUGAAAUGUUUUUGGGCAUCAGUUCGUCUGAUGGCCUUUUUCUUUUCCCUUUGUUUUGUUUAGGAAGUUGGCAGGUGCAGUGGGCAGUAAGACUUGCACUGCCUAUAGGCACUUUCUCACCACUGUUAUCCUCUUUUGUAGUGUUAAGGUAGAUAAAGGGAAAAGUUUUCCUAUUGCUGUGUGCUUUGUCUUGAGUCCAGACAAUCUGCUUUGACAAACCAACUUUCGACCAUAAUUUUGAUGCUUUAUUUUAAUGCAGACUGCGAGUUCAUGGGACUUCCAUUUUAACUUCUUGCAUAAGAUGACAUACCUGAAGGUACACGAAGGCUUCAUCCAAGAGUUGUUCAAUAUUCGACUAUAUUGCAAAUUUGAAAAUUGUUUUGGACAUCAUUUUCUGUUGUGUUUGUUGCUCUGUUGAUAUUAUAGCUUUGGAUGGCCUUGGGACACUUCCUGGUAUGUUCACAAGUAUUACAGCAAAGCCCCAAUAUAUUGAAUUCCAAGAAAUUGCAGAAUGAUACAGUGUAACGAAAAGUUAAUAUAUAUCAUUAUGUGCAGGUAUAAGAUCUGAAAAGCCAUUGCAAUUCAACGUGCCACAGGAACGGCACACAUAGCAAGCCAGUGCUUGGUCACCAGACAUGAAAAGACUGCACUCGAAGGGCAGUUCUGUGCACGUGGAAUUCACAGCAUAGGCUUUGUACAUAUUCUCUGAGCAGCUGGAACAUCUGGUGCACCCAUUACUGCAGCUGGUUGCCACCAAAAUGGAAACGAAAAAUGUAGUCAGCAAAAGUAACUUUUUGCUCAUCACUGUUAAAAGCAGUUUUUGAUUACUGCCCAUACUGUUAGACCUAAGUGCUUCAUAGACCAAUUGCAGAGGAAUGAGCACCUCCUCAACAAGUCUCCUGCAAUGAGAAGUGAUUGUGGAUACUUGAAGCAGUGUCAGCACAACAGAAGCCCUGACAGAAAGCACACUUUGCAGUGGCAUAGAGGUGUGUAAAAUCCAACAUAUCAGAUUUGUAGAAGGCCACAAAGCUGCAACUUUGCAUCUGUUUUCCAAUGGAAUGUCCCUGCUGUUUGAUAUAUGCAGUAAUUAAAUAUAUUCAGUUUCCUUAUAAAUGUGCUUGACCAUGUUUACUUAUGUCGAGUGGAACAUGGUUCUGGAGUACAGUUCUAUAUACUUGUUCUCAUUUCUAAUUUCUUUCGUUGUUACGUUAUUUUUGCAGAAGUAUUAAGGUUAGUUGUGUGCUUAAGGCAUAUAAGUACUUCUGUGUGGUUACAUUCCUUUAUUUCUUGUGAUUUUAAAGCCAAAGCAUGGUAUGAUAUUGGCAAGAAUUUUUGCCACUUGUUAUAAUUGUGUGUCUAAGCAUAUAGGUUUUUAAGCCAUUACCUCCAAUGUUCUAUUUUUUUUUAAAGGGCACACAGUUUCCCAAGUAUAUUUGCAUCCCAAAUUUUUGCACUAUUAUUAUUCAAAAAAUAUAUUUUAUGUGCAGUUUGCCAUUCUUGCUUACCCAAUUUAAUGAAAGUAGUUCUACAAAAUAUUUUAUCAUCGAGCACAUGAAACUUCAAGCAUCACAGUUGUCUGAAGCCAAAAUAUUGACAUAAAUGGAAACUGAAAUAAGGUAUAAGUGAACAGGCAAGCCUCAGUUCUAUUGCAUAAAUGCUAUAGUUAAAUUGAAAUGAAUCUCUGUGCGUGGCCAGCUUCGUAGCCUUGUUUCAUAUUCAGCACUUUCUGGCAGUCCUGAUUCCAGGUGUUGGUUGCUUGUGCAGUUCUUUUCUUUUUUUCUUGGUUACUGAAGCAAAUGUCUACGUGCAUUAUGCACUUUCAGAUUAACAAGCUCUUGCUUCCUUGGUGUAGAUAGAAUUUUCAUACAUAAUAAUGGCCUUAACACUUCGAUGCAGCAGUGCCAUUAACCGUAAAUACUGUAUUUAAAUUGUUAUUGCCAGGCUUAAACAUGCACUAGACGGACCAGAUUUUUUCUUAUUUGUCCUUGGUCAUACUAAUUGCUGGAUACCACUUGCAUACUAGCACAGUUCAUUUUUGGGAGUUAAAGCAUUAAUACUUGGGACAGUCCUCUAUUCUUCAAAAUGCCUUGUCAUCUAAUAAAACAGCAUUAGUUAAAACUAUCUGCUUCAGUAUCCAUGUCAGUAUAACAACCCUUCUUUUGUAUUGUCUUAGCAAAGCUGGUUUUCACUUGCUCUAGUCCUUAUUAAAUGUAAAGUUGAUUUGCUUCUAUACUUGCAAACAACUUUCUGUGACUAUGCAGGGAGAGUUACGGGCGUGUGGCUGCUGCACAUGUGUUACGGCGCCAAGUAGUCCGGCAGCGUUUGACAGUGCUUUUCGUUGCUCAAAACAGACGCUGAAUGCAGCUUCCAUGUGUGACGGUUUUGCGUUUCCUCCGACACGGAAGGGAAAAGCCACAAUAUAAGAAAACCUUUACAAUCAGGGGUGGAUCCUGUCUUAUUUAACUGUUGCUAAUAAGGUGUUUGUUUUGUAUUCCCCAGCCUAAACUAACCUGGAUUAAAAUGCGGGACUCUUUUUCAGAAGCACUCUCACUUGUUCGUGCUUUGCCUCCGUAGUUUUCCCUUCAUAGCCACAGAAAGUUGUCCGCGAGUAUAGAAAAGGUUUCUUUACCUUUGUUUUAUGCAUUGCACAAAAUUGAUGUCCAGAUCACCUUUACAUGUGCCUCUUACGUGAGCACAGUUGCAGCACCUCAUUAACAAGAUGCCUGGAGUAUAAGCCAAAAACAUGCUGCUGUUUCCGCUUUCUUCCGUUUCACUAUUGUCAGUCACUAGUGUCUCAUGCUGCAGCCACUUGUGAAACGCAGGGCAGGUAGAUCCUGGUAAAGAUCAUAAACAGUACAUGUGUUAACCAAACACCCAUGGAGAAGUGAGGCAGCAGCAGCCGCUGCUCACGCAGGUAAUGGUGCCGGUCGUCAGAGCCAUCUGUCAGCAUCAGCUCGUACUGUGAGGCAGUGCAGCUGCAACCGGAGAGAGCAAGCUACAUUCCAGGCAUAGAGUUAAAAGAGCUGUUGGGAGUUAUGCAGGUUCAUAUAGGUGUUGAAUAUGGUUAUCUUGGAUAUUUGCGUGACAUUGUGAUUCAAUUGCACAGGAUAACCAUAAUAUUUUUUUUUUCUCUUGAUGGUUAUGGUGCAAAAUUUUCUCCUUGUCCUUUACAAAAGUUUACUGAUGUUUAACAAAUUUAUGAUUCUGUGUGUGUUAGGUAAAGACACACAAUUUAUCAAGUCGGCAGUUAUAUUGAUCGUUCCCAUGGCCAAGGAAAUCUGUGCAUGCUGCUGAGUAAAAUUAUCACUUUCAUACUUGAUGUUGCUGCUGGGCUCUUUGUAGACAAGCCUGACACAUGUAAGCUAAUGUUGGUGUGUUCAUAGUUCAGUUUUUCUCUCCAUGUGUCUGCUUCUCAAUGAAGCUUCUGUACGACAUACAAUUCAAACAUGUUUAUGCAUGACAUUUACUUCCUCCUUUUUCUGCUGCAGUGGCCAUGAUUGCUUGAAUGCACCAGGGGUAAAAUUGCUUUGUGUGAAUUGUAAAUUUUUGAAAACUUUCCUAGUGCCUAAUGUUUCACUCUUGCUAGAAUAUCAUGUUCUGCAGCCAUACAUUAUUACUACUUUCUUCAGUAGAAAGUUGUUGCAUAGAGCUUUGAAAUGCUAGCCUUGUUAGUGUGGGAAGGACAUUUGCAUGUGGUUCUAGUGUUCGUUAAUAGCAGCUUGUUAUAGUUACAUAGCUAGUUCUCAAAUUUUACUGUAUGUCAUUGUGCCUCCAAGUGCGCAGCAACAAAUGUUUGUAGAUCAGUUCCCAUGUGAAGUAUGCUGCAAAGCUUUGCCCUUGUAGGUCUUUCAUUACAGUAGCAGGUUGUGUACUGACCUUCCAAGCUUGUGAUUGCUUGCAGAACAGAUGUUAGCCUAAAUGUACCAUUUCUUUGUGCACAUUGUGAAUCACUGACAGGCAACAAAACCAAAUAAGAAAUCUUUAGUGUGUUAGUUGACUACAUAAGGUUUCUGCUUUUAGCAAUCAUUUAGAAGUAUGUCGCAUACUCCUGUUAAAGAACUGUUGACAGUAAAUCUAAUGUUGCUGAGGAUGUUUCUGUGCCAGAUUUACUUGGUGAAAAAUGUACUGGUUUUUUGGGGGACUUGUAUAUCUCAUUGGAAUUUGAUUAGCCAUCAUGAGCAUUGUCGUUGUUUUAAUUUCUACAGGUAACCAAAGAAACUGAAAACAUUGUUUGCUGGGGUGAGCAUGGUAUUUUUGAUUCAACCAAGAACUGUAGCUCAUCACAUUAAAGCAUCACAUCCUAACAGGACUCAUUGGCAAGAUUAAGUAGCAAACAUUGAUCUUUAUUUUUUUUAAUCCUGCUACUGCAAGGAAAAUUUAGCAUCCACCUGAAAGUAGCAUAACUUACAAAGGAAACUAACAUGGGUUACUCAAAAAGAAAGCUAUGUAUCUUUAAAAAUAGAAUUGUCCUUGAACAAGUGCUAAACGAGGCACAACUACCAGGAAGCUAUCAGAUGUGGCAAUUAAUUGGCAACUUGAGUUCCCUAGAGCUCAUUUGCUUAAUCAUACUAAUAGUGACAUCUUUGUAUGUUGAAGCUGCGAUAACUGGCCUCUGUAUGUGGCAAGUAGUUGAUGCCAGCAGAUGCGUGUCCAGAUGACAUUGCAUUUGGUCACAAAACACAGCCGAGCUCUGUAAAGAAUCAAGCAGCAAAGAAAAACUGGUUCUGUGCUGAGGCAGUGCUAGGUUACAUGUUGAUUUCCUUUCUGCUGCACAGUUAACUAAAGAUGACUCCAUUUGAGUUUGCACUUCCAUGUCAUGUAUAUGUGGUUGUGUUGGUGAUUCGAUAGCUUAAAUUGAACAUAGAACACAGUGGAUAUAGUUUCUUUCUUUCUUUUUUUCAUGUUAGUGAUAAGCAGCAUGUUCUAUUUACACAACCUUGAUGCAAGUUUAUUUGGUAUUUUUCAUCAUAACAUAUGGGAAUGGACUUUACUUUUAAUUGUUCUUUGGUACCGCACACUGCUAGACCAUCUUUUAAACUUUUGGGGGAAUUUGCUCGUCCACGAGUUGUCCAAACUGCAAGGAAGGAGUAAGCCUUAAGUGUGGGCAUACCUACACUGAGCUAAUCGUCGAGCAGUCUUCCCCGCUCGGGUUGUAAGGCUAUUUUAACAAGCUCAUGCUCUGUCUUCAAGGUAAGGGUGACACGUGGCACAUGUGCAAUGCUGUUUUUUCACAUGGAAUAGUAUCUACUAAAACAUGGACUUCCUCUUGAUUUCCACUUCUUCAUGUGAUAACAAAAUUGUUGCAUUCCUUCUUUAAAUGUUUUAUGAAUGCUGAAUGAAUGUUGACUUUGGGUGCAGAUUGUAGACCACAUCAUAUAGGUCACUAAUGCGUCAUUCCAGCCAAGGUUCAGCGCUGUAAUUUAUGAAGCGGAGAAAUGGAAUAGUCUUAGCUGGUGGCUCCAUCGGCACCACAAUGACACAUUUGUGGUUGGUUGAUAUCAGCAUAUUUUACUUUUGUUGACUGAGUCAAAAUUCAUUGCAAUAUAAAAUGUACUUGCGCUUUAUUUGUAUGUGUAAUGCUUAAAGAAAAUGCAAUAAACAAGUUAUGGUAUGACCCCUUGAA